UUGGUCUCCACUCAACGUCCUGUGACAAAGAACGAAGAAGAAAUACACCACUUACCGAAUAGAAAGAAAAAACCCGACGAUGAAGUUGGCGAUUCUAGACAACUAUGACAAAGUCAGUGAGUGGGCAGCCAAGUACAUAAGGAGGAGGAUCCUAGACUAUAAUCCUGGACCCAAUAAUUUCUUCACCCUGGGUCUACCUACAGGAAGCACACCAUUAGGAAUGUACAAAAAGCUUAUAGAAUUCCACAAAGCUGGGGCCCUGAGCUUCAAGUAUGUCAAGACCUUCAACAUGGAUGAAUAUGUUGGACUUCCGAGAGAUCACCCAGAGAGUUAUCACUCCUUCAUGUGGACUAAUUUCUUCAAACACAUCGACAUCCAGCCAGAAAAUGCCCACAUCCUGGAUGGCAACGCCCCAGAUGUGGUGAAGGAAUGCAAUGAUUUUGAGAGGAAAAUUGCAGAUGCAGGAGGUGUAGAAUUGUUUGUUGGAGGAAUCGGUCCAGAUGGUCACAUUGCCUUCAAUGAGCCCGGGUCCAGCCUCGUGUCUAGAACCAGGAUUAAGACUCUCAAUAAGGACACUAUUAUAGCUAACGCCCGCUUCUUUGAUGGUGACAUGUCCAAGGUCCCCCGCCAGGCCCUGACGGUUGGGGUGGGGACAGUCAUGGAUGCCAGGGAGGUGAUGAUUUUGAUUACUGGGGCCCACAAGGCUCUAGCCCUCCACAAAGCUAUAGAGGAGGGGGUGUGUCACAUGUGGACAGUCUCCGCCUUCCAGCAACACCCCCGUUCUAUUUUUGUUUGUGAUGAGGAUGCCACACUAGAACUGAAGGUCAAAACCGUCCGUUACUUCAAGGACUUGAUGACCAUACACAACCAGCUGGUGGACGACCCGGUGAAUGAGCAGAUCGCUGGUGUGAAGUCCACUUAAGUCUUCGAGGUUAUUAGCUCUGGAGGAAACUGUAAGAUCUGUGCUGCUGUUUGGUUUUACAAGCUACUUUUGCUAGACAUUGUUGAUUGGUGCUUAACAUUAACAAUUUUUAAUUCUUAUAUUUACUAUUUCUGUUCUGUAUCAUUUGCUUGAAUCAUUUCCCCCCAAAUAUUAAUCAUUAUAUUUGACAUAAAUUUAGUCAAUAAAAAUUACCUCAAGUAGAAUGCAAUAUAUAUUUAUAUACAUGUACAUGUAUGUACAUGAUAGGACUGCACUGGGACAUAUUUUAUGGAUCUGUAUGUAUAUUUAAUUUCCAUUAAUAUAUAGAUGUUUUAAUAUAGUGCUAUUUUAGAAUGUUUGCAUUUUGAUUUGUCAAACAUAUUAUAUGAAAUAUCCAUUAUUGUGUCUGUUGAAGUCUACUUAUUAGCCAGAUCUGAAUUCCUGAUGUACAAGUUAUCUCCCUUUUUCAAAUAAUGAUUGUCCCUUAUAUUUGUAUCCUAUGUUUGCAUUAUAUAGUCAAUGAUUCUCAUAUUGUUACCAAAAUUAAAUAACUAAAGGUUGUGUGCACAAAACAUAACUGCUUACCAGAAAUUCAGGGUAAAGAAUUAUAGAAAGACUGGUAUAAAUAUUAAUAACAUUCCAAGUUUGUUGUAUGAUGUAACUGAAAAAAAUAAAAAUGUCGAAAAAAAGUGACUGUGUUAUCA